AUGGCUUUGACCCUGAUCAGCGAAGGAACCGUGGGCGUUGACAGCUCUGGUGAUGGCACUGCCGCUGUUCUGGCGGCAAUCCUGAACUUCACCUCAGAUUUUGCGGAGUCGUCGACACCGGCAGGUGUGACUCGAAGCUUGUCUGCCAGGCGUAGCUACGUCCGGGCUCUGUCUCCUGGGCAACACGCUGUUGCCAUUCAGGUGCUGGACAUUCUGAACGCGGCCUACACACCGGCAGUCAUCUACCUGGGACUCGUCGGUAACGUUCUCUCCCUCCUCACCUUCCUCUGCACCAAGCUCAGGAGCCGCACGUCAAGUCUGUACAUAGGAGCCCUGGCCAUGUCCGACUCGGGCUUCCUCAUCGUACUCUCAUUCGCCUGGCUGAACGAACACGGCGCCAAUGUGUACUGGCGCGGGUUCUGCCCCAUCAACGUGUUCUUCACUUCAGUAUUUGCCUGCUGGUCCGUGUGGCUAACGGUGAGCUUUACGGCCGAGAGGUUCAUCGCAGUGCGCUACCCUCUCUGGAAGCUGCAGGGAAGCUCUCCCGGCCGGAGACCACGUCUCGUCAUAGGUGGCACUGCGUUCCUGAGCGUGGCGCUUAAUGCUCCCUUGUUGGUGUUCAUGCGAGUCGGCGACGGAGAGAUCUCCGAUUGCACCUUUCACCCCGAGUACGAGAGUGCUUUGUACUACCUGAACAUCCUGGACACGGUGAUUACCUUCAUACUGCCGUUUCUGCUCAUCACGUUCAUGAAUUGCAUGAUUGCCCGGGCCGUGUAUGUCUUCUAUCUACGGUACAAAGAGCAGCCUGGCACAUCUGACAUCCAGAUGGAAUGCCAGAACUUCACUCCACCGGCACAUAGGCUAAAUGGUCACACGGUUAUCUCCAAGGACAGUGCGGUAACGGCGACCAGCGGAGGAGGAAUAACUCACGCCACUCAAAUCAGCGUGACGCGCAUGCUCCUGCUCGUGUCCAGCGUCUUCAUGCUCCUCAAUCUGCCGAGCUACGUCAUGAGAAUCUACGUGUUCCUGCUCUCUCUGGGACACUCUGACCUUGGAGACGACGGCCAGAGCUCCCUGCCCUACGUGCUGCAGCGCUACUUCAUGCUGCUCUACUACACCAACUUCGCCAUCAACUUCGUGCUCUACAGCGCCAGCUCUCGGAUGUUCCGGGCCACACUGUGCGAGUACAUGCAAGGCAGGUGGCUCGCGCUACGCGAGUCGAUUGCUGGCGUGCGGUCGAGCCUCGGCUGGUCUGUGACUACUCAGCCCGAAGACGCAAUCGUCUGA